AUGACAGUCAAAAAGUUUGCAGUUCGUGUUCUUUACGUGAUGGAGGAUCCUAGAAUAAUGGGAUUCAAAUUUCAUUAUAAUCAAGUUCUCUGCCUCCUCUUCCUGUUCUUGUAUACUGGUUUUGAAGUCAAUUCAACAGUCAUAUGCAAUCCCAAAGAGAGUCUUGCCUUGCUCCAAUUUAAGAACACCACUCCAGUUGAGCUUACUGCGUCUCCUACUGCUAAAUAUGUUUGUACUCCUCAGACACUCUCUUGGGUGGGGGUUACAGAUUGCUGCUUUUGGAAAGGAGUAACAUGUGAUAAUGUAACAGGUAAUGUAAUUGGCUUGGACCUCAGUUCCAGUAGUUUGACUGGUACCAUCCACGACAACAACACUCUCUUCCAACUUUCCCACCUUCAAUGGCUCAAUCUUAAUCAUAAUAUUUUUUACGAUCCCCCAAUAUCAUCUGUGUUUGGUUUGUUAAGAGAUUUGACGCAUCUUAACCUUUCUACUUCUGGAUUUUCUGGCCUAGUACCUUCUGAAAUAUCUCACCUAUCCAAAUUGGUUUCAGUUGAUCUUGGCUUUAACGGGCUGAGAUUUGAGCCACAAAAUUUCGCGUUGCUGGAAUCUAACGGGGUUUUUUCCGCAGUCCAAUUGGAGCAGUCCACUCAGGUUGUUGGAUCUCUCUUCACAAGUUUCAAAGGAGAAAUACCGCAUGCAGUUGGAAACUUAAAAUUCUUGGAAGGAAUAUUUCUUUCAAGUUGUUCUUUCACAGGGCCAAUUCCAGCAUCAUUUGGGAACCUCACUCAACUCACCGAUUUGUGGCUCGAUGAAAAUGCUUUAACCGGUCAAGUCCCAUCAUCAAUGUCGAAGCUAGAGCAGCUUACCCAUAUACAGCUUUCAUGGAACUCGUUGGCAGGUCAGAUUCCAAAUUUUGGUAACCUUAGUAAGCUGACAUUUUUAAGUCCUUCAUGGAAUAAUUUUAGUGGUCCUCUCCCUUAUCAUGUGAGUCGUCGUCCGUAUUUAACCGACAUAGACUUGUCUCAUAACUUUCUCAGCGGUAAAGUACCACCGGAGUUGUUCAGUUUGCCAUCUUUGCAGACUUUACGACUCAGUGAUAAUACAUUCUCCGCUCCUAUUGAACAAUUCGAGCCGUCUAAUUCAUUGUCUGAUGUUGAUUUGAGUAAUAAUAAGAUAAGUGGUUCAAUUCCAAGUUCCAUGUUUAAAUUGUGA